UAUAGUACCAUUUGUGAGAAUAUUUGAUGUGCCUAUGGUAUUUCAAGCUUUAAUUAGUUUCCUUACAUUCCAAAACCAGCUAGCUACAUCCAUUGCUCAAACACAAAUGAAAAGAAACCUUAUAACCAAGUAGGGUUUUUUUCUUCUUCCUUUUCUUUCUUCCAUCAUCCAUAGAUACAUUUGGAUCAACAAAUAUGAGUUAGGUUUACCUUCUUUUACUUCAAGUCAAUUGCAAAGUUGAUUAUCCAAGGAAAUAAUUGGCUUUAUUGGAUCUUGGAAACAAGGGUUGGCUAAUAUAUAGGAUCUCUUUCUAAUAUUCAUAUGUGGUUUGAGGAAGCUAUCUUGGAAGAGAGUUGUUAAGCUUCAUCCUUAGCAAUGAAAACAUCAAAGUAAUUUGAUAGAAGAAGAAAAUAGAACACAAAUGGCAGAGAGAAUACACAUAUCUAAUGAAGUCGUCAAGAAUGAAGAUAGUAACGAUAUCGGAACAAAACCCUCUUCGCCAAAUAGAAGAAAACGUUCCUUCUUCGACUUAAACGAAGAAGCGGUCGACGAUGGAGAUGAUGAUCAUGUGACACAACUUGUAAGUGAUGAAGGCCCUAAUUGUGGUGAGAUAAGCAACAACAAUGAGAUAUCAUCACAAGAGGAGAACUUGAGUAGCAAUGAUCAUCAUUCAAGUGAUCAAGAAGGGAAAGGGCGAGGAAAUACCGUAAGACAAUAUAUUAGGUCGAAAAUGCCUAGGCUUCGAUGGACUCCUGACCUUCAUUUAUCUUUUGUGCAUGCUGUUGAAAGACUUGGAGGCCAAGAAAGAGCAACACCCAAGUUGGUUCUCCAAUUGAUGAAUGUGAGAGGACUUAGCAUUGCACAUGUGAAGAGUCAUUUGCAGAUGUAUAGGAGUAAAAAACUUGAUGAGUCUGGCCAAGUUUUAUCCCAAAAAAAUAGGGAAAUGCAAGGAAAGCAUCAUCAUAUUUUGGAUAUGUAUGGAAGAUUUAACGUUCAAGGACACUUUGGUGUUAAUAAUAACAACUAUUUGCACCCAUAUAAUGAAAUCAAAGCUCAUAGCUCUUCAAGGUUUCAUCAAAGUGGUCUUUUCAACAAUCAUGUGAUCUUUAGAUCAAGUUCAAUGUGGGACAAAGAUUUAUAUAAAACAAGUUCACAUAUAUUUGAUGUAAAAGAUGCAAUAACAAGAAAUAAUAAUGGACCUAUAAAUUCUACUCAAAUAAGUCAGUUACUACCUGAAGAAAAGAAGUGGCCUCCUCGAUUACAAGGAAGUGAAAAUCAUGAAAGCUUGUUUCGAGAUGAUCAUAGUGCACAGCUUUUUUCAUGGAGUCCUGUCUUCACUAAGGUGCAUGAUAAAAAGGAUCAAAUGCAAGAAUUCAAACACCAACCUCAAGUAUCAAAGAAAGAGUACACAUCAAGUUUCUUAGAACUAAAACUAAGUCGAGAUUCAGAAAUUAGUGUUAAGAAUCAGAUAAAUAUGAAUCCAACGGGCGAAGAAGAAAUACACACAAUUCUCUCUCUUUAGUUAUUGUCUUUCUCUUCCUCAAAUUCAAAGUGAUGAAAAGCAAGGUUAGUGAAAAGCACAGAGAAAAUAUCUAGGUUGGGAAUUUGAAUGAGUUUGCAAAAUUGUACACUAACAAGUCAUUUGGGCUGAGUACUUAAGAUCUGACCAUGUCAAUUAGGGCAUUGGAGUGAGAUCUUUUAAGUACUUGCUUUAUCAGACCACAUUUAUGCAUGCAAAGGACCUUUUGUGAAAUUUUGAAUAAAUUAAUUUAGCUAUUGUUAUUUCAAUUUGGAUUAUGUUUACUUAUAGAUUAGAAUCAAUGCCGCAAUUAAUUUGUUUGUUGGACCAUUGACUCAAUAUGAAGUCGCUUGAGACCCUUGAAAGGCCCAUUUAAAUACUUAUUUUAAAUUAUAUUAUGUGGUAUUUUUUUAAA